GCGCGCCAGGGGCCGGAUUGUUGCAGCCCCAGACAGGGCGGCCCGUUACCGAGCACCGCACCGCGCAGGGUCUGACAACGACGACAGCAACGGGCACUGACAUAAGGAAUACAGCCAGCGUGAUCACAACACAGGCACUCCGGAAUAACUUUAGGGGAUGGCAGUGAAUGUGUACGCCACAUCCGUGUCCAUUGACAACCUCAGCCGACAUGACAUGCUGGCGUGGGUCAACGACUCUUUGCAUCUCACCUACACCAAGAUCGAACAGCUAUGUUCAGGAGCGGCAUACUGCCAGUUCAUGGACAUGUUGUUUCCGGGGUGCAUUCUUCUGAAGAAGGUCAAAUUUCAAGCCAAGCUGGAGCACGAAUUUAUACACAACUUCAAAGUUCUUCAGGCAGCUUUUAAAAGGAUGAGCGUUGACAAAAUUAUUCCCGUAGAAAAGCUUGUAAAAGGGAAAUUCCAAGACAACUUUGAAUUCGUCCAAUGGUUCAAGAAGUUCUUCGACGCCAACUACGACGGGAAGGAGUACGACCCUUUACUAGCCAGACAGGGGCAGGACGUGGCCCCUCCCCCCAAUCCAGGUGAUCAAUUUAUCCACAAACCAAAGAGAAACCCAGGACCACAGAGGACAUCGCCGACAGUUCCCAAAAACAUGCCAACACCGCAGCGGGUCCAGCACAACACUCCGGCCAUGAGGAAGAACCCAACUUUGUCUAGAAAUGGAGGCAGCGAUGCAGAGAUCAUGGAGCUAAAUCAACAGUUGAUGGAGUUGAAGUUGACUGUAGAUGGACUAGAGAAGGAAAGAGACUUCUACUUCAGCAAACUACGGGACAUCGAGCUCAUCUGCCAGGAGCACGAGAGUGACAGCAACCCCGUCCUCAGCAGGAUAAUUGACAUUCUCUACGCAACAGAGGAAGGCUUUGCACCUCCAGAGGAUGAAGACCUCGAUGAGCAAGCUCACCUGGACCAGGAUGAAUACUGAACCCGCCAUCUCUCCCUUUCCCCUCGUCAUCUCCAUCUUCACCUUCCUUUUUCUUUUUUUUGUUUUGACCCUCAUUUAUUUUCUACUCUCUCUGCACGCUUUCUACAAAUACUCACCAUCAACCCAGCUCUCCGUCUGUCUUUUCCUUUCUUUGUCAUAUAAAUAUAUAUACAUACAUAUAUAUAUAUAUAUAUAUAUCUGUUGGUAACCUACCCCCUCCACCCUGUGGGUAUCUACACAGAAUACACAACUACUCUGCGUCGUCAUUUGCUGCUCCUCCCUGCCUCCACUUACACAGUUAACAAUAACAGUAACGUAUAACGUAUCACAGUUAUUUCAGCAUGAGUAACGCAGAAAAUAGAGCCGAGCCUGGCAUGGAGGUUGUUAUGGCAAGUUUAAGUAUGUAAAUAUUACCAACAUUUUUAAUUUCUCAAAGAACAACGUCUCAUUCUGGGGUUAUUUAUUUGCCUUUGGUGCGCUGUUAAUACUACUGUCAGAGCACACAAUGACACCUCUGCUCCAAUGUGCCAUCAGGACACUCCCUGAGCUACUAAAGCUGUAACAAAAGUGACUUUGUAAUAACAGUUUCUUAUUUAUUUAACUUAUAUUUAAUUUAGAUUAACUUUCUGUAGCAAAAUCGGUGCAAACCUACUGUACGAGGAUCGAAAGCUGAGGCCACGUUUGCCAUUGUUCGCGCUACAGAGGGUUCGUGACAUGUAGACAUGCUGAAGGAAAUUCUUCGUGGCAAAUGAUCGGUGCUCUGCGAUUGUUCGUUAUUGAUCAGCAACAUAUCUGAGCAUGAGAAUGUUACACAUUGACUGUGAAUGAGUGAUAUUUUGUAAAUGUAUUUUUCUGUGGAGACUCUGUGUGAUGUCGCACGGUUAAUUGGCUGACAUGCAGUAGCCUUUAAGUUUAAAAUUUAGAGGUUAAAGGAUAAUGCGCCUGCAGACUGACAACAUGGUUUAUAGAUUGUAGCAGUUCUAAUGUUUUUUUGUUUGUUCGUUUAGUUUUAUUUUUAUUUAAGGAAGCCUGACACUUAAUCAAUACACCCGCAUAACCCAAGUGACAUCAUGAUUUUACUGCUAAUCAUUCUGUGUUUAAAAUUUGCUGCAAAACGGUUUCCCCAGGGUUUAUGAAUUGUCGUCUCGACGAACGUCACUGUGGAGAGAUCUGUGACCACUUGACUGGUCAUCAUUAGUAUCCAGGUAAACAAGGAGGUCUCUUUAUCCUAUCCAAGCUAUUUUUUACUUUGCAAACUGGCUGUUGUCUGCUCUGGAUCUUGUCUUCAUUAACCAUGUAAACAUCUACAGAACACUCAUCUUUUGAGUUUUGGAUAAAUAAACAGUUGUGAAAC